AUGACAGCAACGUCAAGCACGUCCCCACGUGCACAACGCGCUGCUCGACGAGGGGAGGCGUCGCGGCUGCAGGAGCAGCUGCGAGAGGAGCAGGCAGGAAAGGAGGGAGUGGCGGCACAGGUGCCGGCGGAUGGUGCAGCUGAGGCUGGGGCAGGGGAAACUGGUUUACGGGAGGAUGCUGCUACUGUGGGGCCAGGAUUGACGUUGCAGGUGGGGGCGUUCGUGGCUGCGGUGGCAGAUUCGACGGAGUCGGGGCGGGCGCCGCGCUGGCCUGCUGCUGGGACUGCUGCCGCCUCUGGCAACGUCUUAGUCUCGCCCGCCGCGGGGCGGCCGGCGACGAUGCCGCCACCGUUGGAUGAGGGUCCGUCUGCGAAGGAGGUACAAGGGGAGCAGAGGCUGGCUGAUUCACCGGCGCCAGUAGGGGCAGAAUCCCCGCCAACUCUCGAAGCGCCUGUGAUUGCUGCAGCUGUAGCCGAGGUGGUGGGGCGACAAGAGCAACCCCCGAGCGAACGUCUGCGCCGGCUGCCGUUGAGUCCGCCGGAACGCGUGCAGCUGCCGUGGCCACAAGCAUGCAGGAGCACGGCCGGGCGGAGGGUGAUACUGAGGGUCCCGCGAUCGUUGCCGCUGUCGGCGCCGCCCCGGCGAGGAGGAAGCAGAAGCUGCGCGCCCAGCCAGCACCGAGGCGGCCUGGAGCAGGGCUGGGACCUGGGGCCCCGGGACCCCUCCUGGGCUGGCUUCGGCAAGAGCAGUCGCCACCAGGGCAAGCGCGUUUGUUGUCAUCUGCACCCCAGCCUGCAACGAGACCCAGCAGGAGGAUCAACACGGGAGGGGCAGGUCAGGCACAGCACGGAGCCAGGCAGCCAAGUCAGAGGCCUCAACCAGCGGAAGGAUCGCCCACCACCCGGCAAGCAACUCACCGAGAAACACGGAGCUCAACGAGAGGUCGGGGAAUCUUCGGCGGUUGCCCCCAAAGACCUUGGAGAGCUACACUCUGUGCCUGUUGGCGCCCCUCCUGCGAUUGGCUACGAAACCGGACUGCGUGGGGGCCUGGACGGUGCUGCAAUAUCUACCCCGAUUGACCCUUCGACCCCUGCCGGAGCCAGUGGAGGGGAACCGCUGGAUAAAGAUCGAGACGAGACUGCACCACUUUAG